AUGGCGAAAUGGACGAUGACGCACUUUGUGCUGUCCGCGGCACUGGGCCACGCGCUGGCAUACCUGGCGACCUCGGUCGACGUGCUGGUCGUGGGCGCUGGGCAAGCGGGGAUGUCGGCCGCCUACGCGCUGCGCAAGAUGGGCCUCUCCGUGCAGAUCUUGGAAGCCACGGAUCACGUAGGUGGGCGCACGCGGAAUGUGGAUGUGCGCACAGGGCAAUCGGAUGUGGAGACGGAUGAUGUCAUCGAAAUCGGUGGCACAUGGCUGAGCCCGGAGCAUUCUGCAGCCUUACGUUUGGCCACAGAGUUAGGCAUCGAGGUGUUCAAUGCCAGCUUUGUGACUGCCAGCGAGGCCUCGAACGCUCAGGAACCCGCUUGA